CAUACACGAUGUUUCCCCUUGUUCUUGAUAAAUGAUAUAAGUAAGCCUUUCCCUCGCUCCAAAAUUCCCCGUGUACAUACGCAUUCCCUCUUCCACGAUCUCCUUCCCCCUAUCCCUUUCCCCUCCACUUCUUCCCUUCCCCUCUUCGGCGGACGGUCCUCACGAUGACGGCAACAGUCAUCGAGGUAGCUCUUGCCCUUCCCUUCGUCCUCGCUGCGGGCGUCCUGGGCACUGUGGCCCUUACGCCCCCCAAGGCGGCGCUACAGCAGCCGCCCGAUGCUGAGCAGGCUCCAGAGCGUCAGACCUUGCUCGAGAAGACCGCGUACAGGAAUGUUGCAGUAACGAACUUCAUGGAGAAGAGCUUCAUCUGGAUCGCCACCCUCCCUGACAUCCUCGCGCUCGUCUUCGGACGACUCCUCCCUGAUUACAGGAUCUCCCAUCUCAUCCUCCGCCCCUUCUUCCGCUCAUCCGGCCACCCCGAGCUCGUCUGGCACUUCACGAGAUCGGGCCAGUGGGCCCUCCCCUUCGGCGUCCUCCUCGUCAUCGCGGGCGCCGCCAUCCGCCUCGUCUGCUUUCGCCUCCUGCGCCGCAUGUUCACCUUCACCCACACCAUCAAGAAGGACCAUCAGCUCAUGACUACCGGCCCAUACAGCGUCGUGCGGCACCCAAGCUACACCGGCGUGCUCAUGGUCUUCUGGGGGAAGGUCGUGUGGCAGACGGCACCCGGGUCCUGGAUGAGGGAAAGCGGCUUCCUGCAUACGGCGCCCGGGAUCGCCAUCGGCGGCCUGGUCGUGGCCUUUAACGUAUUCUUCACUAUCGCAUUCAUGAUACGCUGCAAGGAAGAGGACCGCGCGCUUGAGAAGGCGUUCGGCGAGCAAUGGCGCGCCUGGGCGGAGCGCGUUAGGUACUGCCUCAUUCCGGGGAUCUUUUGAGAUGAACGAACACUCACGACGGUGACGGCGAUGACACGAAUGUUGUAAAUGUUGUUGUAAAGUGUGUAUAUACUGCGGAACACUCUGGCUAUCCUUCUAUUUACCGAUGUAUGUACAAUGUACCAAUAGCUUUGUUUCCCCUUUCUCAAUUUCCACUCUUGUGUUCGUCAA